UCUUCUUCUUCAUGGCACUGACAAAAGAGUUCAUGGGUUGUUCUUUACUUGAGAGAUCGUUAUAUUUAUCUUCUUCUUCAAGCGAUUUUCAGAGGAAGUUGCAGAAGAACUUGUCGAUUAACCCGGCAUUUUUUGUUCCUGUGCAACCGAGAAGGUCAGUGCAUUUGAAGAAAACUAGGACUUUUACUACUCCUGUGGCAGCAAUAAGUGAAGAUUUGAUUAAGGCUUCUGUGUCUGCAACUCAAAAAGCUGUUAAAUUUAAGGUUAGAGCGGUUUUGACUGUGAGAAAAAACAUCAACGAAGACUUGAAAGAACAACUGGUUAACCAUUUAGAUGCUUUAACUGAUAAGAUUGGGAGAAAUGUUGUGUUAACACUUCUCAGUACUGAGCUUGAUCCCAAAACAAAGGGUCCAAAGAGAAGUAGAGAAGCCGUGUUGAAAGAUUGGUCUAAGAAAUCAAAUAUUAAAGCUGAGAGAGUUCAUUACACAGCUGACUUUACUUUAGAUUCUGAUUUUGGGAUGCCUGGUGCAAUCACAGUUACCAAUAAGCACCAAAAGGAGUUCUUCUUGGAGACGAUAACCAUUGAAGGUUUUGCUUGUGGCCCUGUUCAUUUUCAUUGCAAUUCAUGGGUUCAAUCCAACAAAGAUCAUCCUGGAAAAAGGAUUUUCUUCACUAAUCAGCCAUAUCUACCAAGUGAGACCCCUGAAGGGCUUAGAGUGUUGAGAGAAAAAGAGCUUAAAGAUCUUAGAGGUGAUGGCAAAGGAGUCAGGAAAUUAUCAGACAGGAUUUAUGACUUUGAUGUGUACAAUGAUCUGGGAAACCCAGAUAAAUGCAGUGAUUUAGUUAGACCAACUCUUGGAGGUGAACAAAGGCCUUACCCUAGACGGUGUCGCACCGGUCGAGUUCCAACUGACACUGAUAUGCAUGCAGAGAGCCGAAUUGAGAAGCCAUUACCCAUGUAUGUGCCAAGGGAUGAACAAUUUGAGGAGUCUAAGCAAGACACAUUUUCUACUGGGAGGCUUAAAGCUGUGCUUCACAACUUAAUCCCCUCAUUAAAAGCCAGCCUUUCUGCUGCAAAUCACGACUUCAAUGCAUUUUCAGACAUUGACAGCCUCUACAGUGAAGGGCUUCUCCUCAACUUAGGAUUACAAGAUGGACUCCUCAAGAAACUCCCCUUUCCGAAGGUUGUUAGCAGAAUUCAAGAAUCUAGCCAAGGUCUCCUCAGAUAUGACAUUCCCAAAAUUCUUUCCCGGGACAAAUUUGCCUGGCUACGAGAUGACGAAUUUGCCCGUCAAGCUAUAGCUGGUGUCAACCCAGUCACCAUUGAGAGGCUUCAGGUUUUUCCUCCAGUAAGCAAACUUGAUCCCGAAAUCUACGGUCCACAACAAUCUGCUUUGAAAGAAGAACACAUUAUUGGCCAAAUUAAUGGCAUGACUGUUCAACAGGCCCUGGAAGAAAACAAGUUGUAUAUAGUGGAUUACCAUGACAUUUACCUUCCAUUUUUGGAUAAAAUAAAUUCACUUGAUGGUAGAAAAGCAUAUGCAACAAGAACCUUAUUUUUCUUGACCCCUCUUGGGACUUUGAAGCCUAUUGCUAUUGAGCUUAGCCUCCCACCAUCCGGACCAAGUUUGCGAUCAAAGCGUGUGGUUACACCUCCUGUUGAUGCCACCAGCAAUUGGGUUUGGCAGCUUGCCAAGGCCCAUGUGUGCUCCAAUGAUGCUGGGGUGCACCAACUUGCUAACCAUUGGUUACGGACACAUGCAUGCGUGGAGCCAUUUAUACUUGCGGCACACAGGCAAUUGAGUGCAAUGCACCCAAUUUACAAGCUUUUGGAUCCGCACAUGAGAUACACAUUAGAGAUCAAUGCCCAAGCUAGGCAAAACCUCAUCAAUGCUGAUGGUGUGAUUGAAUCUUGCUUCACUCCUGGCCGCUACUGCAUGGAGAUUAGUGCCGCCGCAUAUAAAAACGGCUGGCGGUUUGACAUGGAAAACCUCCCAGCCGAUCUCAUCCGCAGGGGCAUGGCUGUACCUGACCCAACUCAACCACAUGGUCUAAAGCUUUUAAUAGAGGACUACCCAUAUGCAAGUGAUGGGCUAUUAAUUUGGUCAGCAAUUGAGGAGUGGGUGCGCACCUAUGUCAACCAUUACUAUCCAAAUUCAAGCCUAAUUUGUAAUGACAAAGAGUUACAAUCAUGGUACUCUGAAUCCGUCAAAGUGGGUCAUGCAGAUCUUGCCCAAGAAAGUUGGUGGCCCACACUAACUAACGGUGAUGAUCUAGUCUCCGUUCUCACCACCAUCAUCUGGCUUGCAUCCGCACAACAUGCUGCACUCAAUUUUGGUCAGUACCCAUACGGUGGUUAUGUGCCUAAUCGCCCACCAUUAAUGAGAAGAUUAAUCCCAGAUGAAAAUGACCCUGAGUAUGCUGUAUUUUUAGCUGACCCACAAAAGUACUUCCUGGCAGCAUUGCCAAGUUUGUUACAAGCCACAAAAUAUAUGGCUGUGGUAGACACAUUGUCUACACAUUCACCUGAUGAAGAGUACUUAGGAGAGAGACAACAACCGUCGAUUUGGACCAGCGACGCCGAUAUAACCGAGGCAUUCUUCGAGUUCUCGGCAGAGAUCAGCCGGAUAGAGAAGGAGAUAGAAAAAAGGAACGCUGAUCCUAGCCUUCGGAACCGGUGUGGUGCCGGAGUGUUACCAUAUGAGCUACUUGCACCAAGUUCUGAGCCUGGAGUAACAUGUAGAGGAGUUCCAAAUAGUGUAUCAAUUUGAACACAAAUGGGGUUCAAAUGGUCAUGUUUGAUGAUCAAAUUAGGUAUAUAAUUAAAAUUAUUAGAACUUUGAGAUGAGUUCUCAAAAUAGUUGCUAGUAUAAUUAGCUAGCAUGAUCAUUUUUAAAUAUCAGUUUUGUGUAUCUAGAUUCUUGUCUGGUGCAACCUAAGUGCACUUUAAAAUCUUAGAGAUAUUGUAGAUGUGAAUUGAGUUUAUA